ACGCCGGGAGCCGGCGGCGUGAAGGGAGGCGGCGCCCGCCGGUGCCGCUGGGCCGGGGCUGCGCGGACGAGCCGCUGCUUCAGCCUCCCGCGGGGAGCGCUUUCUGGCUGAAAUCGCCGGCGCAGGUGGCGUGAGAGCGGACGGCCCUUUGCUGGUGGGCGCCGGAGCGGAGCGAGGCCCGCCCGGCCUGAGGGGGAUGCGCGGCUAGCCCGCGCUCGCAGCCAGCCCAGCCCAGCCCCGGUGGUCGUCGCGGAGCUGGCGUCGGGAGGCCACAAGAUGUUCAGCUGGCUGGGCACCGACGACCGUCGGCGGAAGGACCCGGAGGUGUUCCAAACGGUCAGCGACGGCCUGAAGAAGCUUUACAAGACCAAGCUGCUGCCGCUGGAAGAACACUACAAGUUCCACGAGUUCCACUCGCCCGCCCUGGAGGAUGCCGACUUCGAUAACAAGCCCAUGGUGCUGCUCGUGGGGCAGUACUCCACCGGGAAGACCACCUUCAUCAGGUACCUGCUGGAGCAGGAUUUCCCAGGGAUGAGGAUUGGACCAGAGCCUACAACUGACUCCUUUAUAGCAGUUAUGCAAGGAGACGUGGAAGGAAUCGUUCCUGGGAACGCGUUGGUGGUGGAUCCCAAAAAACCCUUCAGGAAACUCAACGCCUUUGGCAAUGCCUUUUUGAACAGGUUUGUCUGUGCCCAGCUACCUAACCCUGUAUUAGAGAGCAUCAGUGUCAUUGAUACUCCAGGAAUCCUUUCUGGAGAAAAGCAGAGAAUUAGCAGAGGUUAUGACUUCGCUGCCGUACUGGAGUGGUUCGCAGAGCGGGUCGACCGCAUCAUUCUCCUCUUUGAUGCUCACAAGCUGGACAUCUCUGAUGAAUUCUCUGAGGUCAUCAAGGCCCUGAAGAACCACGAGGACAAGAUGAGAGUCGUUCUCAACAAGGCCGACCAGAUAGAGACUCAGCAGCUGAUGCGGGUGUACGGUGCCCUCAUGUGGUCCCUGGGGAAGAUCGUCAACACUCCCGAGGUCAUCCGAGUCUACAUCGGCUCCUUCUGGUCCCACCCCCUGCUCAUCCCCGACAACCGCAAGCUCUUUGAGGCGGAGGAGCAGGACCUGUUCAGGGACAUCCAGAGCCUGCCCCGCAACGCUGCCCUCAGGAAGCUCAAUGAUCUCAUCAAGCGAGCGCGCCUGGCCAAGGUCCAUGCCUACAUCAUCAGUUCCCUAAAGAAGGAAAUGCCCUCCAUGUUUGGGAAAGACAAUAAAAAGAAGGAGCUUGUUAACAACUUGGGGGAUAUUUAUGCCCGCAUUGAACGGGAGCAUCAGAUCUCACCAGGAGACUUCCCUAACCUGAGGAAGAUGCAGGAUCAGCUGCAAGCGCAGGAUUUCAGCAAGUUCCAGCCGCUGAAGAGCAAGCUGCUGGAGACGGUGGAGGACAUGCUGGCCAACGACAUCGCGCAGCUGAUGGUGCUGGUGCGCCAGGAGGAGUCCCAGCGGCCGACGCAGAUGGUGAAGGGAGGAGCCUUCGAGGGCACCCUGCACGGCCCCUUCGGCCACGGCUACGGCGAGGGCGCCGGCGAGGGCAUCGACGACGCCGAGUGGGUGGUGGCCAGGGACAAGCCCAUGUACGACGAGAUCUUCUACACGCUCUCGCCCGUCGACGGCAAAAUAACUGGCGCCAACGCCAAGAAGGAGAUGGUAAGGUCCAAGCUGCCCAACACCGUGCUGGGCAAGAUCUGGAAACUGGCUGACAUCGACAAAGAUGGCAUGCUGGAUGAUGAGGAGUUUGCCUUGGCGAAUCAUCUCAUUAAAGUCAAGUUGGAGGGUCAUGAGCUGCCAAAUGAGCUCCCUUCCCAUCUCCUCCCUCCAUCCAAGAGGAAAAUAACAGAGUGAAAGGAAGGUUAUAGGGGAGAGGGGAAGGGAAGGGGAAAAUGAAAGAUCUAGAACAACAUGUUUACUUAAAUUAUACCUUUAGAUGUGAGAUCACGUUUGGAUUUGUACCUACUUUGCUGUAUGAAGAACAAAAUCUAAAGCAGAACAAAAAAGUCCAAUCCUUCAUGAUAUGCAAUUAACUCUUCCAGUGUACUGUCCCUGCUUUCUAAUGUGUAGUCUGUAAAUAUGAAGGUAAAGGAAGGAUGUUGCAAAGUAGGAGACUCUGUUAAGCGAGAGUAGAAGAAAACCUGAACAGGACUGCAUUUUUGGAAUAGGCACUAAUAGAAAUCUGCUAACUGCCAGUAUCACUCCUGAGCUUUGGCUGCACCUUCUGCCUUUUUAUGGGUCUUGCAAAAUGCAGGAGACUAAGAGAAACCACAAGGUCUUCAAGCUAUUGGCCAAAAUAAAGAGCAUUUCCUAAUUAAUAUAAGCCCACACUAAAAUACUAGAUACUAAACCCCAGAGUUAAGAACUUUAGGAACCUUGAUUCACCGUUAAGAUGCAAGUUUUACAAACGUCCUUCCCCUGUCCUUAUAGAAAAAUACAUCAAUAAAAUCUGAAAGAGCUCUGAA